AUGCAGAUCUUCGUAAAGACCCUUACGGGCAAGACCAUCACCCUUGAGGUAGAGUCUUCCGACACCAUCGACAAUGUCAAGAGUAAAAUUCAGGACAAAGAAGGCAUUCCCCCAGACCAGCAACGCCUGAUCUUCGCUGGCAAACAGCUCGAGGACGGCCGCACCCUCUCCGACUACAACAUCCAGAAGGAGUCGACCCUGCACCUCGUCCUGCGCCUCCGCGGCGGCGCCAAGAAGCGCAAGAAGAAGGUCUACACGACCCCGAAGAAGAUCAAGCACAAGCGUAAGAAGACCAAGCUCGCCGUCCUCAAGUACUACAAGGUCGAUGGCGAUGGGAAGAUCGAGCGGCUGCGCCGCGAGUGCCCUACUCCCGAGUGCGGUGCCGGUGUUUUCAUGGCUGCCAUGCAAAACCGCCAGUACUGCGGGAAGUGCCAUCUCACCUACGUCUUUGACGAAUCCAAAUAA